AUGGAGGCCGACAAGAUUCCCGACUUCCUGGCGGAUCAGCGAGACCAAGCUCCCAGCGAGGCUCAAGCUUUGUUUCUCGACUUCGAAGAUUACUGGGAGAGGAAGCUUUGGCACCAGCUUACCAAUGCACUAGUCGACUUCUUUCGAUCCCCCGGGAGCGCCCCCCAGCGAUUACCUAUAUUCAAAUCAUUCAUACUCAGCUUUGCGGACCGAAUCAAUCAACUGAAUUUUGUGUCCUUGGGCCUGUUGGCAUCUACACAAUGCAGCGAUGACCAAGAGAGACUUGCGUUUCUCACAUCGCUAGCCGACCGAGUGGAUAAACCAGACUCGCAGGACGCCUACGUGUAUGCCGUCGCUGACGUUGCGGGCGUGAAAUUGCGACUACAGGACUAUGAAGGGUCACGGAAGGAUUUAGAUAAGAGCCAGAAGAUCUUGGACACCUUUGAUUCAGUGGAGACGGUUGUGCAUGCGUCAUUCUACAAGGUCAAUGCAGACUACUAUCAUGCCAAACAAGAAUUUGCAUCCUAUUAUAAGAAUGCUCUUCUCUACCUGGCCUGUGUGAGCCUCGAAGACCUCUCACAGGAAGAACGAGUCUCACGGGCCUACGACUUGAGUGUGGCUGCCCUAGUAUCCGAUGCGAUCUACAACUUUGGUGAACUCCUAUUGCAUCCCAUCCUGGAUUCACUCACCGAGACACCUCAUGCAUGGCUGCGUGACCUUCUCUUCGCCUUUAACCGCGGCGACUUGACUGCCUACGACGUGUUAGCGGGGAACAUCACCAAAAACAAGCUCCUCGAAUCGCACCGUCAAUUCCUGUAUAUUAAGAUCUCUCUUUCCGCCUUGACUGAGGCAGUAUUCCGCCGUCCCCCGCACGACCGCACGAUGACAUUCUCGACAAUCUCUGCAGAAACGAAAGUGCAGCCGGAUGAGAUUGAACAUCUGAUUAUGAAGGCGCUUUCGCUGGGACUAAUCAAAGGAUCAAUCGAUCAAGUUGCACAAAUCGCGCGCAUCAACUGGGUUCAGCCCAAGGUGCUAGAUAUGAAGCAGAUUGAAGGCAUGAGGAAUCGCCUGAAGGAGUGGGACACGGGAGUGAACCAGCUUGGUCAUUGGAUUGAAGGUGUUGGGAGGGACGUAUGGGCAGCCUAA